AUGGAGGCGAGGAGCUUGGACGAGCUGCUGUUGCGUCGAUGGGAUCUCGCAGAGUCUACAGGCGUCAUGCGUACUGACGUGAACGACACAAUUCGUCGUCGGAUCCCGGGGAACUUGGGACUCGUCGUUCAGUUCAAUCCAAGCCAUCUCAAGGUGCGAGGCCACUUGCUGUUCGUGCUCGACAUGAACCUCCUCAAACCGCAGAAAAUGUCGGAGAAGUUUUUACUGUACGCAUUGAGCAUCUCACAGGCGAUGCAAAACGAGACUUUCGCACUCGGUACGUCAACAAUCCACGCAGGCGCUGAUGCAACGUCAGUCGUCAAAACCGCUUGGGCUCUGCUCGCACUCCUCCAAGCACGAGGAAUCCCGCACAACCUCCUGGUUGUAAGUAACGUGGUGUUCGUUUUCCCACGCAAGGAGCAACGUGAGAAUGGAGUCGGAUUGUUCUCUGAUGACUCGUCCACCGAUGGGAGCGUUGUACACGCUGGCCGCCUGCGCGUAGCUGUCGCUGAGCUCUCCGGACUCGUCAUUGCUGGAGACCAGGUGGCGCACGACAGCCUCACGGAGGAAAUGUUCGACACUAUCUUGCAAAACGAAGUUUCUCUUCCCUCGGUCAUCUCCGUCAAGCACUUCGAGAUCCACCGAAUUGUAGGUCAAGGCGGCUUCGGUAAAGUGAACGCGGUCAUCCGUAAGAAGUCGACUCCGACCAAG